AUGUCAGGAUUGCACGGCAGAGUCAAGGAGACGGUGAAUGUGGAAACAGCCGAGGUCGAAAGAAAGCAGAAAGAAGAAAAAUUACGCAGGUAUCUUCAAGCAAGAAAUGUGUUGUUCGAAAAAAUCAGAAAUAACGUUUUCGAUGAGGACGAUGGCGAGUGGCAGAAGGUGCCGAGGCACGUGUUCGAUGCCGAAAUGUCGCUGACGGAGGUGGGCCUUGCGAAGAAUCCCAAGUCAUAUUCGGCAUGGCAUCAUCGUGUGUGGAUGAUCACUGUGGCGGGCGUGAAGGACGACUGCGAGACGGAACUGCGCCACUGCGAAAAGGCGUUGGAAAUGGACGACCGCAACUUUCAUUGUUGGGAUUAUCGUCGUUUCAUAUGCAGAUUCGGUCAACGCAGCGCAGCCGAAGAGUUAGCGUUCAUAGACAAAAAGGUGAGCGAGAAUUUUUCCAACUACUCAGCAUGGCACAGCCGUUCGGCCCUCUUGCCUGUGGUACAUCCGCCAUUGAAAACCACGGAGGACGAAGAUGGAUUGUCGAACGGUGAGGAAACAAAGAAUUUGCCAGUGGACGUAGCGACGUUCGAGCAGGAAUUAAACUUCGUUCAAAAUGCGUUCUUCACCGACCCCGAAGAUCAGAGUUCAUGGUUUUACCACAACUGGCUGUUCGCCGUGUCGGAGCCCCGGCCUCUGAAUCUGUUGCAGGCAGUUUUCGACCCCGCCACCGCCGGUAUCUGCCUGGUUUUUGACCAGGCCAUUUCUGCAGAGACAAGCAUCGUCGUCGUUUCGGUAAGAAGAGACAGUAACAAAGAGUGUCUUCAUCUUCACCUGCCAUGGCGCACUUCAGACGGGACAAGGUCCUGCAGAUUGUUGUGCGCACCGUUGCCGGACGUCUCGUUGGGCGAUCUUCCAUGUCUUCAGGUAGAGUACCGUCAGAAACCUUCUUCAGGAAAGGAUAACAGGGGUCAGACGAUUACCCGCAAGUUGGAAAAUUGGACGAAGCAUCGGGUGCUCGUUUGGACCGACCUGACGGCUUAUCGAAACUACAUGUUCUCCUCCAUGUUCGCCUCUGGUUUGAAGCGAGCCCUUGAAGAAGACCUGUACGGUUGCAAGAAACUGAUCGAGUUGGAACCCGAUAAUCAUUGGGCUUAUCUGACGGCUGUUAACGCGAUGAUCGCUUUGGACCCUCUGCAGUUUUCCAACGAUAUAGUUGGCUAUUUAAACAAAUUGGUCACUCUAGACCCGAGCCGAAAGAAAAUGUAUUUGCACUUUUUGAGCAGAUACUUGAUAAAGUUUCAGUUGGUCCACAGCCUAUCUGGAGGCACGCCGGACAAACGUUUAGACCUGUCGGACCGCGACCUUCACUCACUGUGUGACGGAGUGUGGUUUGUUCACCUGACGGUGCUCGUCGUCAAUCGUAACCGCCUGUGUUCCCUCCAGCCUUUGAAAUAUGCCCUGCAUCUCGAAGAGUUGUACGCCAACGACAACCGUUUGACCUCUCUCGUUGGCUUGGAGGAUCUGCAGAAAUUGCGCAACGUUUCCGUUGCGAACAAUCGACUGCGGAAACCGGCAGACCUGCGGCCACUCGUCAAUAUUCGCGCUCUGCAUGUACUUGUUGUGUCCGGCAAUGUGAUAUGUGAACAUUACAACCGCCAGGACAUUGUUAAGUUUCUGCCAUCCAGUGAUUCUCUAAUUAUUGAACUUUAG